GUGUAAGCUUUUCAUUGGCGAGUCCACGUAACGGGGUUCUAUUCAUCAUCCGCGAGCAGAGAUAUUCGCAACCAGCAACUCUCAGUCACGCUGAGCUCGCGAGCAGAGAGAAAUGGAUCGCGGUGCACCGUCGUCGUCUCUUCCACGGUCAGCUCUUCUAGUGGUUCUCACGGCAGCCGCGCAGCUCUUCAUAUCGACCACAACUGUUUCGGCUCUAUACGGCCCUUCUUCACCAGUUCUUCAAUUAAAUCCCUCAAACUUCAAGUCUAAGGUCCUAGGUUCUGAUGGCGUGGUUAUUGUAGAGUUCUUUGCCCCGUGGUGUGGUCAUUGCAAAGCAUUGACGCCCACUUAUGAGAAGGUGGCUUCCGUCUUGAAAGGAGUUGCGACAGUCGCUGCUCUUGAUGCAGAUGCCCACAGGUCUCUGGCUCAGGAAUAUGGAAUUAAAGGUUUUCCUAGCAUAAAGGUGUUUGCACCUGGAAAGCAACCUGUUGAUUAUGAAGGACCAAGGGAGGCAAAAGCAAUGUCUAAUUUUGUGUAUAAACAGAUUAAGGCACUCCUUAAUGAUCGGUUAGAUGGAAAAGUGGGAGGAUCUUCUCAGAAGUCUGAGCCAAGUGUCUCAGUAGAACUGAACUCAAAAAAUUUUGAUGAUUUGGUUAUUAAAAGCAAAGAACUGUGGAUUGUGGAAUUCUUUGCCCCCUGGUGUGGACACUGCAAGAAGCUCGCACCUGAGUGGAAAAAAGCAGCAAAAAACCUACAAGGGAAGGUGAAGUUGGGUCAUGUGGACUGUGAUGCAGAGAAGACUUUGAUGAGCAGGUUCAGCGUUCAAGGGUUUCCUACGAUUUUGGUAUUUGGUGCUGACAAAGAAAAGCCAACCCCUUAUGAUGGUGCAAGGACUGCGCCAGCUAUCCAAUCAUUUGCUCUUGAUCAGCUGGAAUCUAAUGUUUCUCCCCCUGAAGUGGUAGAAUUGACUGGACAGGAAAUCAUGGAAGAAAAGUGUAGUUCUGCUGCCAUUUGUUUUGUGGCAUUCCUACCAGACAUUUUGGAUUCCAAAGCAGAGGGAAGGAACAAGUAUUUGGACAUUUUGUUGUCUGUUGCUGAGAAAUUCAAAGGAAAACCGUACAGCUUUGUCUGGGCUGCUGCUGGCAAACAACCCGAUCUGGAGAAGCAGGUUGGCGUCGGUGGGUACGGAUAUCCCGCAAUGGUAGCCUUGACCCGCAAAGCCUAUGCACCUCUGAAGAGCGCAUUUCAGCAUGAUCCAAUCAAAGGAUUUGUGCUCGAAGCAAGUCUAGGGGGCAAAGGAAACCUGCCGCUGACAGAAACUCCCAACAUAGUAAAGACUGAACCUUGGGAUGGCAAAGAUGGGGAAAUCAUGGAAGAAGAUGAAUUCUCCUUUGACGAACUCAUGGCAGACGAAACACCAGCCAAGGAUGAAUUGUAACUCUCCCUCCCUGAGCUGAUUUUGAGCGAACAGGUGACAUGACCAUACUGAGAUCUUGUGUUCAAUUCUGGUCCUAUUAAGCCUUUAACAUGGGAAAAGACGCGGCAUUUUAGCUCAAACCAUUUUAGUUGUGAUUAUAGCUCAUCCAACUCAUAUGCAUAUCCAUACUAUGAACAUUUUUUUUGAACCAUCUUUUUGCACUUGUUAAGUUAUAUUUAUUUACAAGUAAAAUGACAUUGUGAGUUGUGAGGAUAACAAUAUGGUUUCUUACUCAAAAUUGUCUCUCAAGUAUUUACCCUCAGCAAUAAUGAAAUGACAAGAACAACAACCUUUUUUUUUACUUUUUUUUUAAUAAUAAGAAUAUGUUUUA